CCUGCUGACAUUGGUGAUGUCAUGGCCACUGUCUACCUGUGGAUAUACACAAGAAGAGAGACUGACCCUCCCCUCCUUCAUAGAUUUUGGUUUAUGACAACAGGACUCUGAGGAUGGCACCCCAAGAUCAGGAAGCUGGGUUCGAUGAGUCACCAGCCUUGUCUUGCAACUAUACUGUGAGAGUCCUGGAACCAAUCCCAAAGAAGCAUAAUGCAGGUCCUUCUGGUUGGGGUUGCCUCCCUCAAGGUGAUAAGUGGCACUUGGCCCCGUCUCUCCAAGGAGGCCUCCCUCUUCCUCUUAAUUUUUGGAGCAGCUGCAUCAAGUAUUUGAUCUUCCUCCUCAACUUCCUUUUCUCUCUUCUUGGUUUACUGACCUUAGUAGUGGGUCUGUGGGGGUUGACAGAUAAGGAGUCUCUGGGGAGUCAGCAGCUGCCACACCUGGGUACUGACCCAAUGUUGCUGUUUGUGGUUGUAGGGCUGACAGUCAGCAUUGUGUCCCUAGCAGGCUGCGUAGGGGCCCUCUGUGAGAAUGUCUGCCUUCUUUGGUUCUUCGCUGGGGGGAUCCUCACUUUCUUGAUUCUAGAGACAUUGGCAGGAAUCCUGAUAUAUGCUUUAUGGGACCAACUCCAGGAUAUACUGGACAGUACUAUGCUAGUGGCCAUUAAUCGCUACCAAGAUGACUCAGACCUGCGUUUUCUCUUGGAUGAAAUACAACUGGGCCUACAGUGCUGUGGGGUAGUGUCCUACCAGGACUGGAAAUUGAAUUUAUAUUUUAACUGCAGUUCCCCAGGAGUCCAGGCCUGUGGUCUUCCUCACUCUUGCUGUAUCAACCCCUGGGAAAAUGGAACCAUCAUCAACUCUCAGUGUGGCUUUGGCGCCCUGAGCCUGGAUGAGGCCACAGCUCAAAACGUGGUUCACUCUGAGGGAUGCGGCCCCAGACUCAGGCAGUGGCUGAGCCACAACAGCUGGGUCAUCAGGGACUACACAUUAGUUACCACUGUCACAGAAGGGUUGGAGUUCUUAUUAGUUACCAAGCUAGUGAGGGACAUUAAAGUCAGGAAAGCCAGUGACUGAGAAUGGUGGGAGGACUAUUGAUUGCUCUCUGACUAGGCCUCAAAGUUGUCCUUGGGGGCAUCUAGGUGGUGUAGUGGAUAGAACACCGGUCCUAAAGUCAGGAGGACCUGAGUUCAAAUCCGGCCUCA